AUGUCUACCCAAAAGGCUGUCGUCAUCACCACCCCCAAGCACGCUGACCUCGUCACCGACCGUGCCAUCCCCGUCCUCCGCGAUGACUACAUCCUCGUCAAGACCGUCGCCGUGGCCCUGAACCCCACGGACUGGAAGCACGUCGCUUUCCUCGCCCCUCCCGGCCCCGUCGUCGGCUGCGACUACGCCGGUGUCGUCGAGGCCGUCGGCAAGGACGUCACCAAGCCUUUCAAGAAGGGUGACCGCGUGUGCGGUUUCGUCCACGGCUCCAACGCCGUCUACCACGAGGACGGCACCUUCGCCGAAUACAUCACCGCCAAGGGCGACCUGCAGAUGAAGAUCCCGGAGAACCUGAGCUUCGAGGAGGCCUCUACCCUCGGCGUCGGAAUCAGCACCGUCGGCCAGGGUCUCUACCAGAGCUUGAAGCUCGCGUGGCCCACGCAGCCCACGACCGAGAACAUCCCCGUGCUUAUCUACGGCGGCUCAAGCGCCACCGGUACCCUUGCUAUCCAGUUCGCUAAGCUCUCCGGCUACACCGUCCUGACGACUUGCUCGCCACGCAACUUCGACCUGGUGAAGAGUCUCGGCGCGGAUGCUGUCUUCGACUACAACGACCCCAACGCGGCCGCUGAGAUCCGCAAGGUCACGAACAACAACCUCAAAUACGUCUUCGAUACCAUCUCCGUCGAGUCCAGCGCUAAGUUCUGCGACGAGGCCCUCUCCACCGAGGGAGGCGAGUACUCGGCCCUUCUGGUCGUGAAGAUCGAGCGUGAGAACGUCAACGACCGCUGGACGCUAGGUUACACUAUCCUCGGCCAGGACUUCAUGUUCGGUGAUAUUCCGUUCGCCGCGAAGCCGGAGAACAUGGAGUUCGCGAAGAAGUUCUGGGCUACGGCUGAGCAGCUGUUGGCGCAGGGCAAGGUCAAGCCGCACCCUCUUAAGGUGAACCCUGGUGGUUUGCGCGGUGUGUUGGAUGGCAUGAAGGCGAUGCAGGAGGGUAAGGUCAGCGGGGAGAAGUUGGUGUAUCGCGUUGCGGAGACUGCUUGA